GGAAUUUUGUUAAAAAACAAAAAAGUGGAGAGAGAGAAGCCGAUUAGACUGGAAAUGGAGAGUUUGGGUUCUUUUCAAGAAUUCAAUAAAGAAACACGAACACUGUGAUUUUUUCUUUGAAGAGCUCUUCAUCACUUAAAAAGAAUCCGUAAAUGGCUCUUGUAAAUAACGCCAAGGAUCACUGGGCAUUUCUGGAAGAAAUUGAAGCACCAAUGUGGGUGGAUUUCACAAUAGAAGAAAAGUCUAACUACCAAGAUGUAGAUGAUAAGUGGUUUCAUACUAGCCAUCCGUUCCACCAGUGUACUUCUCUCCGGUUAAAAGCUGCGUUUGCUCAUUCUAGUGAGAGGAGUAUGUCUUCAGAUUUUGAGUUUAAGGGACCAUCUUCCCCGAAUAUUCCAUCCUCUGUCUCAAGAUCAAGGGGAAAACAUUAUGCAGGCAUGAAAUGGGGAGGAGGUGAAUGUGAUCUUUCAAUGAAUAAGAAGCAUCCAGUUAAGGUGUUAAAUGAUAAGUCUUCAAGGGUGAAUUCAGAACCCAGUGAUGAAAUAAAACCAAAACUAAGCUUAGCAAAUUCUAAAGGAACUUCUAGGUCAAAAUUAAGUAUGGUUUCUGGGAAGAGCUUCACUAGAAAUGCUAAGGAAACUGAUUUAAAAGCUAAAUCCGGUCAAGGUGGUAGUGAAAGUAGUUUGAAUUCUGGGAUGGCUAUGGUAAGUGAUAGCAAUACAAGUACUGUUACAUUUGGGAGUGAUCAUCAAGCACGGCAAGGGAACAUGGAAGUAUUAAGUCGAGGAUUUGAUCACACAAGUGGGCUUCUGUCUGCUGUGAGGAAUGGUCUUAGGAAAAGCUUUGUUACAAGAAAAGCAUCAAGGGUGGAGAUUAAUGAUGAGAAUAAACAAUUAAGAGAUCGCAAGUCUUCAUCCAGCAAAUCUAGUGUUGGAUCGUCUUUGAAACCUGGUCAUGAUGUCAAGAGCUCAACAAUUACAUUGAUGAGGAACAAAGAACAAACUCCAGAUAGCAGAAAUGUGGCAAGGAUGACUGAAGCAGCAAGGAAGAAAAAAAAAGAUUCUAACAUGUCCAAGACUUCGGAUGUUCGAGUUAAGGAGGUCUUUAAUUCUAGGAAGGGAGCUAUAAGUAAUGUCUCAAAAUCAGCUCCCCAAGAAGCUCUGAAAUCAAAGGUUCAGAAACAGACCAUCCGUGUAACAGCAUUGGCCGAACAUAGAGGUAACAAGCAACACUCGUUACCUGGUACUGCAAAAUCUAAGGAGAAGGUAAGAGUUAGUAGGCUCAACAAAAUGGUUGCCCCUGGAAAAGAGAAUGUGAUGGGAAAAAUGUCCUUGAGCCAAAACUGCAGCAGAAGAGGGACUAAACUGAAUGUGCCACAAAAGGGUGACAAAACGGUGUUAGUUUGACAAAUGGUACAAUUUGUUGAUCAUCAAUUUUCUGUCCUCAACUUUGAUUUUUUUUUCCCUGAAAAUUGCAUAGUCGUCUACGGACAUAUGAGGUUCUUCAGCAAUUCAUGAGGAAUUUCUUUCUCAGGGAGUAUUUCUUAUUGGAAUUGCAUGCAGAGCUUUUAGUCCUUAAGUUCUAUUUCGCAAGCGGUAAGCGUGUCUUUCUGUCUGAAAGGAAUGGAAUGUCUUUAAACAAGAACCGAUGCAACAUCCCUUUGAAGAUGUCUCUGUUUUUCUGUCUGAAGAUGUCUCUGUUGGAUGGGUGUCAUUUUUGUGGCUCUCUUUUGAUUAUUAUUUUUUUGGUACUAUAUGCAAUAGUUUUAUACAAUCUGAUUUUUCAACAUACUAUCUAGCAGGGAAAAAUCAGCAGCCCAGGCAAGGGGAAGCAUCCAACAAAUGCGAUUCGGAGGGUCUACCUUCGAUAAACAAGCAUUGCAGGACAGUUUUUGUUUGUACAUAUAUUGCCAACGUAGUCUCAUUAACAUAGAAACGUGGAAUUUCAUUCAAGCUUUACCAGAUUCAGAGGCAAAUUUUGUUAUCAUGCCUUUCUACUGACCAUGCCUGUGGCUUUCUUUCGUACAAGUGCUCUUUUAUCUCAGGCUUUGUUAUUUGAGCAUAUACGAAUUGGUGGUCUCUCUUCCUUGCUUCAAUUUCAACUAACAAGUACGGAAAUUAUUGGUCAUGUUGACAAUGUGAUAUCCAGUUUUUUGACACCUGCGUCAAUCAAAUUGAUUUUUAUUAAACGAAUUGAUGUUGUUAUCUUGCAGUUUAAUAUAUGGUGAUUAGCCGCAUUUUUUUA